UCCGCAACAGUCGAACGGCAAACGUCGGACGGAUUGUUAGUCAGCAAAUAGAAUCGAAAUUUUGAAGGAAAAUGUGCAGAAAUUGGCAAAUCUUUGUCGGCUGCACUUUGGCCCUGACAUUGCUGGCGUCAUCGACUUGGGCGGAUCUAACGGAUGAUCAAGAGCAUGAACAGCAUCCCAGGCUGGCCAGCUCCCGAGCUUACGUCGAAUUGGAUGAGGAGUUGGACACCAAGUUCUGGCACGCCAAAGCACAAUCCAUACUGGCGGAAAAGCUCGAGCAGCACAAGAAACUCAAUGAGAAUCGUGCCAAGAACGUGAUACUCUUUCUGGGUGAUGGCAUGUCCGUUCACACGAUUGCGGCGACACGCAAUUUCAUGGGGGACAGCAACAAGCAGGUCUCCUUCGAGAAGUUCCCCUAUGUGGGUCUGUCCAAGACCUAUGCGGUGGAUGAACGUACUCCGGACUCGGCCAGCACGGCGACAGCCUAUUUGAGCGGAGUCAAGGGCAACUACGGCACCAUUGGCGUCAAUGCUCAGGUGAAGCGCAAGGAUUGCGAAGCAGGAACUGAUACCAGUACACACACAGAGAGCAUUGCACAGUGGGCACAGAAGGCGGGCAAGUGGGCAGGUCUCGUGACCACGGCGCGUGUCACGCACGCCUCUCCCGCUGGUGUUUAUGCUCACGUGGCCGAUCGCAAGUGGGAGCACGAUGGCAAGAUCACCAAGGAUGGCUGCAGUGCCGAGCUCAACACGGACAUUGCUCGACAAUUGGUGGAGUGGCCGGUGGGCAAGGAUUUGCGUGUGAUAAUGGGCGGUGGGCGUGCCUACUUCCGUGAUAAGAGCGCCAAGGAUGAGGAGGGCUUUAAGGGUUUACGCAAGGAUGGACGCGAUCUGAUCAAGGAUUGGCAGCAGGAUAAAGAGGAGCAAGGCGCCGAGGCAGAGUAUGUCUGGUCUCGCAGUGGACUCAACGAUGUCGAUCUGGAUACGACGGAUUAUCUGCUGGGUCUCUUCAAUGUAUCCCAUUGUUCGUAUCAUGGCGAUCGCAUUCGCAACCCGGAAUUGGAUGAGCCCUCGCUCUCCGAGAUGACGGAGGCGGCCAUCAAGGUGCUGAGUCGCAGCGAGGAGGGUUACUUCCUGUUUGUGGAGAGUGGACGCAUCGAUAUGGCUCACCAUAGCACCCAGGCACAUAAGGCUCUGGAGGAAACUCUGGAGUUUCAACGCACCAUUGAGAUGGCACGCAAAAUGACCUCUGAGGAGGACACUCUCAUUGUGGUCACCUCAGAUCACUCGCACACCAUGUCGAUCAAUGGUUAUCCUUAUCGUCGCCAGAAUAUUUUCUCCCUGGCUCCCAAUCUGGCCACCGAUGAGAAACCCUUUACCAUUCUGUCCUAUGCCAAUGGACCGGGAUAUGCAAACACCUACGACGAGGAUGGUCGCAUUGAUCUCACCGAUGUUGACACCACCAAGCCGGAGUUCAAGUUCCAGGCCACAGUUCCCCUCAGCUCGGAGACUCACGGUGCCGAGGAUGUUGGCGUCUUUGCCUCAGGUCCCCACGAGCAUUUCUUUGCCGGAAAUUACGAGCAGACUGCGAUUCCCGCCUUGAUGGCCUACGCCGCCAAUAUUGGUCCUUUUGCCCAGGACGAGCUCAAGAAAUAGUUGCAAUAAAGUGAUCUCUUUUGAUUAAGAGAUUAUAGAAAAAGUUUUUAAUAAGUA